UUGUGGGCGACGUCGGUGCGACACAAUAGGAGACGGCCGGCAGUGCCACGUGGUGAAACGGGAUACUCUAUAUAGAAAAUUCAGGUCCUGUGUGGUUCUUUCCUUUUACUUUCCACUGGGCUUGCUCCCAGCCAUACCCUUCUCUUUCUCUUCCCGCUCACUAUUACUGUCUACAUAGUCCACCAUGGCUACACCCCAUGUCAUCGCAUCUUCGUCUCCGCACCCUUCACAGUCCUCCACGUCGAAUGGAAUUGUUGGAAGCCACUAUCGGGUUGGAAAGAAAAUUGGGGAAGGAUCUUUUGGUGUCGUGUUCGAAGGCACCAAGAUGCUCUCUAACACCCCCGUCGCCAUUAAAUUCGAACCUCGUAAGUCCGACGCCCCACAACUUCGAGACGAAUUCAGGUCGUACAGAACCCUGAAUGGCACUCCUGGUGUUCCACAAGUGCAUCAUUUCGGUCAAGAGGGUCUUCACAAUGUUUUGGUCAUCGACCUCCUUGGGCCGAACUUGGAGGAUCUUUUUGAUAUGUGCGGUCGCAAGUUCUCCAUCAAGACAGUUUGUAUGGCAGCGAAACAAAUGGUUACUCGCGUGCAGGCCAUUCACGAGAAGUCUUUAAUCUAUCGCGAUAUCAAACCAGACAACUUCUUGAUCGGUGUGCCGGGUACCAAGACAGCUAAUACCAUCCAUGUUAUCGACUUCGGCAUGGCAAAACAUUAUAGAGAUCCAAAGACGAAGGUGCAUAUACCUUACAGGGAACGAAAGUCACUGUCUGGCACCGCGCGAUACAUGUCAAUCAAUACUCAUCUCGGGCGCGAACAGUCAAGACGCGACGAUCUUGAAUCGCUUGGCCAUGUAUUUAUGUACUUUUUGCGGGGUGGUCUCCCAUGGCAAGGUCUAAGGGCGGCAACUAACAAACAAAAAUACGAAAAGAUCGGGGAAAAGAAGCAGACAACGGCCAUUACGGAGCUUUGUGAGGGAUUCCCUGAGGAGUUCGCCAUUUACAUGAACUAUGUCAGGAAACUUGGGUUCGAGGAGACUCCCGACUACGAUUUCCUGCGGGAACUUUUCACCAAGGUCUUGAAGACCUUGGGUGAGCCUGAGGAUGGCGUGUUCGAUUGGAUGCUUCUCAAUAACGGUAAAGGCUGGGAGGCUAGCAACUCGAGCUCGCACCACCUUGCUCAAGCUCAUGCUAAUGCAGCGUCUCCUCAUGCUCAUCGCGAACAUCGGCGAGACCGUGACCACGGUCACCGACGAUCGCGUCAAAAUGCGGACCCCAGUUCUACAUCACCUCUUGUCCUUAGUCCGGCACCAGCGCAUGUCAAGAGCAGUAGCCGGCGACCUCCUGCUCAAGAGAGAACGAACUCAGCUCGUGAUAUUGGUAGUGUUCAGCCUCUUGCCCCAACAAGUCGACGGACUAGCCAGCAGCAGCGGGAAGCAAGUGCUCUGGCAAGCGUCGGUAUUCCCCCUCAUCCUUAUGCCGCUGCUCCCAGCCCAAACGGGUAUCGUUCAGGAGCAGGACGCGAGUACGGACGACACUCACCGAACCCGAAUGGACUUGCCAAUCUCCAUCCCAACGGUUCCGAGUCAUUCCUGUACAACCAAGGAAAGAACGGAACUAACUCUCGAGAUGGAACGACAACUGGCGGUACGGGUACGCGAGAUCUGCAUGGACAUACAGGUGCCAGAGGAAUGGCUGUGUACGAUCGCGAUCAGAUGGCAAGAGUUGGAGAGCAAGACGAGGAUAUAGGACGCAAGAAAGGCUUCUUCGCCGUGUUUUGUUGUCGGGCAUGAGACGAACUGCUGCGGGAUGGUUAUUCGUUUCAUGCCCGCGUACGUGCCAUGUGGUAUUUAUGUGUUUGGUACGCUUUGCUUUCUUACCUGCAUACAACGUUUAAUAAUGAUCGUGUAAGGUUAUGGCACUUAGAUGACGAUUACGACUGCUCUAAAACAUAUACACCUAAUAAUUGUUUCGCCAAGUG